GUCAUGGGUCGUUGUGAACGUUAGUCAUGACGUCAAAAGUGAUGAUUUCGCCGCGACCACAACGAUAGUAGUCGCAAAAGAGUUUUAGUGAAAUGCACCAAUAGUCUAAUGUCCAAAGGUUGCAAAUGUUGGAAAUGUCAUGUGAUUUAUGUCAAGUAUUUUCAUAGUAUUUAAAUUUGUGGGUUACUUGGUUAUCAAAAUUUGCUUAAUUUAUUAAAAAAUACAAAAUUUUUUUACUGAACAAUAACGCUUGCGUAUAAUACGUCAGUAGAUAAACGAUCUGUCAACAUCAAAAGAAUGACAUCAGCUGUUAAAUGUUAAAUUGAUCCACACAAAGUACUAAUUAAAUAUUUAAACCACUAAUAUUAAAAAUGGAAGGAAAUAAAGAUGAAGCUCUACAUUGUAUUGAAUUAGCGGAAAAAUAUAUCAGAGAUAAAAACAGAGAAAAAGCUGAAAAAUAUUUGUUGAAAGCCGAGAAAUUGUUCCCCACGCAUAAAGCCAAAGAUCUUUUGAUUCAAAUAAAUCUAAUGGCGCCGAGUAAUGCUGAAAAUACCCAACCUAGAAAAAGAACAACAGCCCAGAAACCAGUAGAAACAGAAAGUAAAACUCCUGAUUAUACCCCAGAACAGGAGGAAGCAGUUAAGAGGAUUAAAAAAUGCAAAGAUUAUUAUGAAAUUUUAGGGGUUAGUAAAGAUGCUACUGAUUCGGAAAUUAAAAAAGCAUAUAAAAAAUUGGCACUGCAAAUGCACCCUGAUAAAAAUAAAUGUCCUGGUGCAUCUGAAGCUUUUAAAGCUGUUGGAAAUGCAGUUGCUGUUCUAACAGAUACUGAGAAAAGAAAACAGUAUGACUUGUAUGGAUCAGACGAAGACAGAGUAUCCUCACAUUCACAUCAUCAUACGUUUACGAGGGGAUUUGAGUCUGAUGCGACAGCCGAAGAGUUAUUCAAUAUGUUUUUCGGUGGAGGUUUCAGUGGUUCAAAUGUUUAUGUUCGAAGAGGCGGCCGAUGGCAAAGGCAAACUACUUCUAGUCAGUCACACCAGGAACAUCAUGGACAUCACAGGGAGCAACAAAGUAGUUAUACUGCAUUCAUUCAACUGUUACCCAUUUUGUUGGCAAUAUUAUUAUCUAUGGCAUCAAGUUUAUUCAUUUCUGAUCCAGCUUAUAGCUUACAAGCCAGCUCAAAAUAUCCCAUACUACGGAAAACAUACAAUCUGAACAUACCUUACUAUGUAAAAGAUAAUUUCCAUCUGGAAUACCAAGGAUCCGUGAAACGAUUAGAGAUGUCAGUGGAAGAAGAAUAUAUACAGACGUUAAAACAUGCCUGCUACAGGGAAAAGAGCUACAAAGAAUCGAUGAUAUGGAAAGCACGGAAUUUCGGAGAUCAAGAACUAUACCAUAACGCCCAAAAUUUGAAAAUGCCUUCUUGUGAACAACUACAAAACCUUAGGAAUAGAUAAUUGAAAUAAAAUAACGAAUUAUAUAUUAUUAUAUUACUUCACCAAUUUAUAGGAGGUUAUUUAAUGACAGUCUUAUUUAUUCUUUCCAAUCGUUACGAGGUUUUAUUAUGGAAGUCUUAGAAAUGUAGGUCUAUGUAUGAAUAGUUAAAUAUUUGAUAAGAGUGUAAAAUAAUUUUAACAUUUAAAACUGUCACAAGUGGAUUAAUAUAAGAGGAAAUUGUUAGUCAAUUUUCAAAUAUAUCAUAUUCUAUCAAAUAUCAUACACUGUACAGUGGACGUUUUUCUGACACGGACUUCAAUACUUUGGUUUAAAUUUGUGUGAGUUUUCUGUUUUAGGUUAUCCCAGAUAAAUAAUAAAAUUUUAUAUAUACAAGAUUUCUUAUAACUCUACUAAACCUACAAACUAUCUUCAACAAUGACAGUAAUUAAUGUUUUGUUGAUAUAUCUGGCUGUUGACUAUUUAUUGUUUUAUCUCGUUAAAUAUCACAGGGAUUCUUUAAAAAUGUCAUAUUUAUUUAUUUGUUGUAAAUUUAUGUGAAUAUAUUAUUAAUAAAUGUAAGUGGAAAA